GAGGUCUGCUUCAUUUGUGGUCUGUGCAUUUACGUAGAAGGAGUAAUGAGAGUAGGUCGAACGACCGAUUUUUCUUGGAAAAUUCGUGAAAAGUGUUUGAAAAACGUAGCUAAUAUAUAUUAAUUAAUUGUAUUGGUGCAUCAUUUAUAUCGCUGAUAAGUGGACGCAUCUAUCAUGGAGCAGAUACCACCGCCCAAGGAGGUGAAAAUCCUCGAAACAGCUGAAGAUAUUCAGGAGCGACGUGAGCAGGUACUCAAUCGCUAUGAGGAUUUCAAGCAAGAGGCGCGCGCCAAACGUGAGAAGCUGGAAGACUCUCGCCGCUUCCAAUACUUCAAGCGCGACGCUGACGAGCUCGAGUCCUGGAUCCAGGAGAAGCUGCAGGCCGCCAGCGACGAGAGCUACAAAGACCCCACUAACCUGCAGGCUAAGAUCCAAAAGCACCAAGCAUUUGAAGCUGAAGUGGCAGCUCACUCAAAUGCCAUUGUAGUGCUUGACAACACCGGCAGUGAGAUGAUCUCUGCCGGCCAUUUUGCCUCCGAGACCAUCCGCAAGAGGCUGGAUGAACUGCACCGAUUGUGGGAGCUACUGCUCUCCAGACUGGCAGAGAAGGGCAUGAAACUGCAGCAAGCGUUGGUGCUUGUACAAUUCCUGCGCCACUGUGACGAAGUGAUGUUCUGGAUUCAUGAUAAGGAAACAUUCGUGUGUGCUGACGAAUUCGGCUCCGACUUGGAACACGUAGAAGUGCUCCAGCGCAAGUUUGAUGAGUUCCAAAAGGACAUGGCGGCCCAGGAGUACCGCGUCACCGAGGUCAACCAGCUGGCCGAGAGGCUGGUGCUAGAGGGGCAUCCUGAGAGAGAGACCAUUGUUAAGAGGAAGGAUGAGUUGAACGAGGCGUGGCAGCGUCUCCGCCAGAUGGCGCUGAUGCGUCAGGAGCGGCUGUUCGGCGCGCACGAGAUCCAGCGCUUCAACCGCGACGCCGACGAGACCAUCGCGUGGAUCUCGGAGAAGGAUGUCGUGCUCGGCUCCGAUGACUACGGCCGCGACUUGGCCACCGUACAGACUCUGCAGCGUAAACACGAGGGUGUGGAGCGAGACCUGGCGGCGCUGGAAGACAAGGUGGCGACGUUGGAUGGUGAGGCGGCGCGCCUGGCCGCCAUACACGCCGACCAUGCGCCCGCAAUACACUCCAAGCGCGAUGAGAUCACUCAGGCUUGGCAGCGGCUGGUGCAGAAAGCGCAGGAACGCCGCACCGAGCUGGAGUCGUCGUACGCGCUGCACCGCUUCCUCGCCGACUACCGCGAUCUGAUCUCGUGGAUGAGCGACAUCCGCGCGCUCAUCGCCGCCGACGACCUCGCCAAGGAUGUGCCCGGAGCCGAGGCUUUGCUAGAAAGGCAUCAGGAGCAUAAGGGUGAAAUGGACGCGCGCGAGGACGUGAUGAACGCGUGCGUGGUGAGCGGGCAGGCGCUGGUGGAGGGCGGGCACCGCGGCGCGGCCGAGGUGCAGGCGGCGCUCGACACGCUGCACCGCGACCGCGCCGCGCUGCACGCGCUGUGGGAGCAGCGCCGCGUGCUGUACCUGCAGUGCAUGGACCUGCAGCUGUUCUACCGCGACACCGAGCAGGCGGACGCCUGGAUGCACAAGCAGGAGGCUUUCCUCGCUAACGAAGACGUCGGCGACUCGCUGGACUCCGUCGAAGCGCUGCUGAAGAAACACGAAGACUUUGAGAAGUCCCUCGCCGCUCAAGAGGAGAAGAUCAAGGCUCUGGACGAGUUCGCCACCAAACUUAUCGAGGGGCAACAUUAUGCUGCCGACGAUGUUGCACAACGCAGGGAGAUGCUGCUAGAACGCCGCGCUGCUCUCCUGGAGAAGUCUAGCCAACGGCGGGCGCUUUUGGAAGACGCCUAUAAAUACCAACAGUUUGAACGUGAUUGCGACGAGACCAAAGGUUGGAUCAACGAGAAGCUGAAGUUCGCCACCGACGACUCGUACUUGGACCCCACCAACUUGAACGGCAAAGUGCAGAAGCACGGCAACUUCGAGCAAGAGCUGCAGGCCAACAAGCCGCGCGUCGACGACAUCAACGCGCUCGGCUCCAAGCUGCUCGAACAGGAGCACUUCGCCAAGCCUCAAAUUGAGUCUCGCGUGGAUGAAUUGGGCUCCCUGUGGGAGAGGCUGGUGCAGGCGUCCGAGCUGAAGGGUAGCAAGCUGCAGGAGGCGGCCGCGCAGCAGCAGUUCAACCGUGCCUCGGAGGAUAUCGAGCUGUGGCUCUCCGAGGUGGAAGGACAACUGCUUAGCGAGGAUUACGGCAAGGACCUGACGAGCGUGCAGAACCUGCAGAAGAAGCACGCGCUGCUGGAGGCGGACGUGAGCUCGCACGCGGAGCGCAUCGACGCGCUGCGCGAGCAGGCCGAGCAGUUCAUCGAGCGCGGCCACUUCGACGCCGACAACAUCAAGGCUAAGAGGGAUGCUCUGGUGGCGCGCUACGCAGCCCUGGACAAGCCGAUGGCGGUGCGCAAGCGCAGGCUGCUGGACUCGCUGCAGGCGCAGCAGCUGUUCCGCGACCUGGACGACGAGGCCGCGUGGAUCCGCGAGAAGGAACCCAUCAUUGCUUCCACCAACAGAGGCCGCGACCUGAUCGGCGUGCAGAACCUGAUGAAGAAGCACCAGGCGGUGAUGGGCGAGAUGGCGCAGCACGAGGCGCGCGUGGAGGCGGUGCGCGCGGCCGGCGCUGCGCUGCGCGACGCGGGCCACUUCGCCGCCGCCGACAUCGCCGCGCGCCUGCACGCGCUGCACUCCACCUGGACGCAGCUGCAGGAGAAAGCUUUGCAGCGCAAACAAGACCUAGAGGACUCGCUGCAAGCGCAGCAAUACUUCGCCGAUGCGAACGAGGCCGAAUCGUGGAUGCGCGAGAAGGAACCCAUGGCCAACACCCAGGACUAUGGCAAGGAUGAGGACUCAUCUGAGGCCUUGUUGAAGAAACACGAGGCCCUGCUGUCUGAUCUGGAGGCCUUCGGCAACACCAUUAAGGCGUUGCGAGAACAGGCUAACUCGUGUCGCCAACAAGAGUCGCCGGUGGUGGACGUGUCGGGCAAGGAGUGCGUGGUGGCGCUGUACGACUACGCGGAGAAGUCGCCGCGCGAGGUGUCCAUGAAGCGGGGCGACGUGCUCACGCUGCUCAACUCUAACAACAAGGAUUGGUGGAAGGUGGAGGUGAACGACAGGCAGGGCUUCGUGCCGGCCGCCUACGUGAAGAAGAUCGACGCCGGCUUGUCCUCCUCGCAGCAGAACCUCGCCGACUCCAGCUCUAUUGCUGCCAGGCAGAACCAGAUCGAAGGACAAUACGACAACCUGCUGGCGCUGGCUCGCGAGCGCCAGAACAAGCUGAACGAAACGGUGAAGGCUUACGUACUGGUACGCGAGGCCGCCGAGCUCGCCACAUGGAUCAAAGACAAGGAGAUGCACGCCCAGGUGCAGGACGUGGGCGAGGACCUGGAGCAGGUGGAGGUGAUGCAGAAGAAGUUCGACGACUUCCAGAACGACCUGCGCGCGAACGAAGUGCGCCUCGCCGAGAUGAACGAGAUCGCCGUGCAGCUCAUGACCGUCGGCCAGACUGAGGCCGCGCUCAAGAUCAAGACGCAGAUGCAGGAGCUGAACUCCAAAUGGACGUCACUGCAGCAGCUGACGGCGGAGCGCGCCGCGCAGCUGGGCUCGGCGCACGAGGUGCAGCGCUUCCACCGCGACGUGGACGAGACCAAGGACUGGAUCGCGGAGAAGGAGGCCGCGCUCGCCACCGACGACCUGGGCCGCGACCUGCGCUCUGUGCAGACGCUGCAACGUAAACACGAAGGCCUAGAGCGGGACUUGGCAGCGCUGGGCGACAAGAUCCGCCAGCUGGACGACACGGCCAACCGGCUCAUGUCCACGCACGGCGACUCCGCCGACGCCACCUACAGCAAGCAGCGCGAGAUCAACGAGGCGUGGCAGCAGCUGCAGGCGCGAGCCAACGCGCGCAAGGAGAAGCUGCUGGACUCCUAUGACUUGCAGAGAUUCCUAUCAGACUAUCGCGAUCUAAUGGCAUGGAUCAACUCCAUGAUGGCCCUCGUGAGCUCGGAGGAGCUAGCCAAUGACGUCACCGGUGCUGAAGCUCUACUAGAACGACACCAGGAGCACCGCACGGAGAUGGACGCGCGCGCGGGCACGUUCCAGGCGCUGGAGCUGUUCGGGCAGCAGCUGCUGCAAGGCGGCCACUACGCCAGCCUCGACAUACAGGACAAGCUCAACGCCAUGGCGGACGCGCGGCAGGACCUCGAGAAGGCGUGGGUGGCGCGGCGCAUGAAGCUGGACCAGAACCUGGAGCUGCAGCUGUUCUACCGCGACUGCGAGCAGGCGGAGGCGUGGAUGGGCGCGCGCGAGGCGUUCCUGGCGCCCGCCGCCGACGUGCCCGACGCCGCCGACAACGUCGAGCAGCUCAUCAAGAAGCACGAGGACUUCGACAAGGCCAUCAACGCCCACGAGGAAAAGAUCGCGCAGCUGCAAACGCUGGCCGACCAGCUGAUCGCGUCGGACCACUAUGCCGCCGACCCCAUCGACAAGAAGCGCGUGCAGGUGCUCGACCGCUGGCGGCACCUCAAGGAGGCGCUCAUCGAGAAGCGCUCCAGACUGGGCGACGAACAAACUCUGCAACAAUUCUCGCGCGACGCCGACGAGAUGGAGAACUGGAUCGCUGAGAAAUUGCAGCUUGCGACCGAAGAGAGUUACAAGGACCCGGCCAACAUCCAAUCCAAGCACCAAAAGCACCAAGCAUUCGAAGCCGAGCUGGCCGCCAACGCCGAGCGCAUCCAGUCCGUGCUGGCCAUGGGCGGCAACCUCGUGCAGCGCGGCCAGUGCAGCGGCAGCGAGGACGCCGUGCAGGCUCGCCUGGCUUCGAUCGCCGACCAAUGGGAGUUCCUUACCCAGAAGACCACAGAGAAGUCUCUGAAACUGAAGGAGGCCAACAAACAGCGCACGUACAUCGCCGCUGUCAAGGACCUCGACUUUUGGCUUGGAGAGGUUGAAAGCCUCCUCACUUCUGAAGACUCUGGCAAAGACUUGGCAUCUGUGCAGAACCUCAUGAAGAAGCACCAACUUGUUGAAGCCGAUAUUCAGGCUCAUGAAGACAGAAUCAAUGAUAUGAACGCGCAAGCGGACGCGCUGGUGUCGUCGGGGCAGUUCGACAGCGCCGGCAUCGGCGCGCGGCGCUCCGCCAUCAACGAGCGCUUCGAGCGCGUGCGGGCGCUGGCGGCGCACCGGCGCGCGCUGCUGCACGAGGCCAACACGCUGCACCAGUUCUUCAGGGACAUCGCCGACGAGGAGUCGUGGAUCAAAGAGAAGAAGCUGCUAGUAGCGUCUGACGACUACGGACGCGACCUGACCGGCGUGCAGAACCUGCUGAAGAAGCACAAGCGGCUCGAGGCCGAGCUGGCGAGCCACGAGCCCGCCGUGCAGGCGGUGCAGGAGGCUGGCGAGAAAUUGAAGGAUGUCAGCAACGUGGGCGUGGCAGAGAUCGAGCAGCGACUGCGUGCGCUGGCGCAGGCGUGGGAGGCGCUGCAGGCGCUGGCGGCCGAGCGCGGCGCCAAGCUGCAGCAGUCGCUGGCCUACCAGCAGUUCCUGGCCAAGCUCGACGAGGAGGAGGCUUGGAUCAGCGAGAAGCAGCAGCUGGUGGUGGUGAGCGAGUGCGGCGACAGCAUGGCGGCGGUGCAGGGGCUGCUGAAGAAGCACGAGGCGCUGGAGGCCGAGCUGGCGGCGCGCGGCGAGCGCGUGCGCGACCUCACGACCGAGGGCGAGGCGCUGCUGGCCGCCGGCAACCUGCACUCGGAGGCGCUCGCGCACCGCCUGCACGGGCUGCAGGCGAAGCUGGAGAAGCUGACAUCGCUGGCGGCCCGGCGCAAGGCGGCGCUGGUGGACAACUCGGCGUACCUGCAGCUGCUGUGGAAGGCCGACGUGGUGGAGUCGUGGAUAGCCGACAAGGAGACGCACGUGCGCUCGGACGAGUUCGGCCGCGACCUGUCCACCGUGCAGACCCUGCUCACCAAGCAGGACACCUUCGACGCAGGUCUGGCGGCGUUCGAGCACGAGGGCAUCCAGAACAUCACGGCGCUGAAGGAGCAGCUGGUGGCGGCGGGCCACGAGCAGAGCGCGGCCAUCUCGCGGCGGCACGGUGACGUCAUCGCGCGCUGGCAGCGCCUGCUGGCCGACUCGGCCGCGCGCAAGCAGCGCCUGCUGCAGCUGCAGGACCAGUUCCGCCAGAUCGAGGAGCUGUACCUCACCUUCGCCAAAAAGGCGUCCGCAUUCAACUCGUGGUUCGAGAACGCUGAGGAGGACCUGACGGACCCCGUGCGCUGCAACUCCAUCGAGGAGAUCAGGGCGCUCAGAGAUGCGCACGCACAGUUCCAGGCGUCGCUGUCGUCAGCGCAAAGCGACUUCGAAGCGCUGGCGGCACUGGACGCGCAGAUCAAGUCGUUCAACGUGGGCGCCAACCCCUACACCUGGUUCACCAUGGAGGCGCUCGAGGAGACCUGGCGGAACCUGCGCAAAAUUAUAGCGGAACGCGACGUCGAGCUGACGAAGGAGGCUCAGCGCCAGGAGGAGAACGACAAGCUGCGCAAGGAGUUCGCUAAGCACGCCAACGCCUUCCACCAGUGGCUCACCGAGACGCGGUACCGGCUGCUAGGCUGGGACGGCACGUCGAUGAUGGAAGGCACGGGGUCGCUGGAGGCGCAACUGGCCACGCUCCGCCAGCGCGCCACGGAGGUGCGCGCGCGCCGCGCCGACCUGCGCCGGCUGGAAGAACUGGGCGCGGCGCUCGAGGAGCACCUUAUCCUGGACAACCGCUACACGGAGCACAGCACGGUGGGGCUGGCGCAGCAGUGGGACCAGCUCGACCAGCUGUCCAUGCGCAUGCAGCACAACCUGGAGCAGCAGAUCCAGGCCAGGAACCAUUCUGGCGUGAGCGAGGACGCGCUGAAGGAGUUCUCGAUGAUGUUCAAGCACUUCGACAAGGACCGCUCGGGGCGCCUCAACCACCACGAGUUCAAGUCGUGUCUGCGCGCGCUCGGCUACGACCUGCCCAUGGUGGAGGAGGGGCAGCCCGACCCGGAGUUCGAGGCUAUACUCAACGUGGUGGAUCCGAACCGCGACGGGCAGGUGUCGCUGCAGGAGUACAUGGCGUUCAUGAUCAGCAAGGAGACGGAGAACGUGCACUCCUCGGAGGAGAUCGAGAACGCCUUCCGCGCCAUCACCGCGCACCAGGACCGCGCCUACGUCACCAAGGAGGAGCUCUACGCCAAUCUCACCAAGGAGAUGGCGGACUACUGCGUGGCGCGCAUGAAGCCCUACGUGGAGCCGAAGUCGGAGCGCCCCAUCCCCAACGCGCUGGAUUACAUAGACUUUACGCGCACGCUCUUCCAGAACUAAUGCGACACGCUUCGGUGUAUGCUUCCGCGCAGUUGCAGAUAUAUUAACUUAUUAAAUCACGAUUCAAAAGA